AUGAAUUAAGAUUAAACAUAUUAACAUGAUUAUACAGUUGAUAUUAAGCAAUUACAAAUAAUAAAUAGGGAAUAAGCUUUGGUUUGGGAUACUAUGAUUGAAUAAUAUCAAAAAAAAAUAAUUCAUUUAAAAAAGAAACUUAACAUUGAAAAAACAUAAGAAAUUCAAAGAUAAAAUCAAUUAGAUAAGAAGUAAUAAUUGUAUCAAGAAUAAUGUUUAUUGGCAGCAAAUUCUUAUUAGAUUGAUUUAUUUGAACUAAGAAAAAAAGAUCUUAAAAAGUAAUUUGAGUUAAAGAAAGCUAUUUUAAAAGAAUAGAUAAAUGAAAAUAAAAAAUCAUAUGAAUAAAUAAGUCAAAACUUGUAGCCACUUCCAUAAGAAUAGCCAAAAGAAUGUUCAUUUAUUACAGGAGCUAGUUCUGAUUAUACAUUGGUACUUGCAUUACAGAAAAAAAAUUAUUAAAAAACCUUUAUUUCUUUAUAAAGUUUUUACCCAGAAUGUUAUAUAUCAAAUUCUUAAGAUUGUGAAAAUAUAUCUGUAAUUGCAAUAAAAGAUAUUAGUUAUAAAGCAUCUAAAAAUUCAAUUUAAAAUAAAUUACUAUUAGCAAAUGCUGAUAAUAAGACUAUAAACUGUUAUAUGGUUAGUUAUGAUAAUGAUAAACUUUCUAAGGAUUUGAUUUUUUAAUAAGAAUUGCAACAUAAUAUUGAUUUAAUUCAUAUAACUAAGACUCUUUAAAUUAUUGUAAAAAAUCAUCAUUUAUAUAAUAGGUAAUCAGUAAACUUGGUGGUUUUAUUUAUUUAUUGAAUAAAAAUUAGACAUAAUUAAUUUAUUAAGGAGGUCAUGUAAUAGGUGAGUCAGUAUAUUUUGAAAAUGUUGAUAUAUUGAGAGUUUCAAAUCAAUUUAAGAUAAUCACUAUAACAAAUUUAUUAACAAACCCAGAAUAUGAUCAAUUGUUAACAGAAUAAUAUUCAGCAUUAAUUUAUUAUCAUACAAAUUUACCUUGUUUUCAUUUAAUGUAUAUCUAACAUCCAUAAAUUAUCAAUAAAGAAUUAUUUGUUUAUGUGAACAAAAAGAAUAAAGUUAGAGUUUAUGAUUAUAUCACAUAAUAAAAGAAGAAGUUUAAAGUACCAACCUAAAACAUUCAAAUUGAAUUUCUUAAUUAUUUUGAUAAGACUAACAAACUAGUAUUUUGUGAUAGUUAAGGAUAAACAUAUAAAGUUGAAAAAUUUACGAAUCUUAUUGGGUGA